AUGUACGCAUCCAAAGCUAUCUUCGCUGUCGUUGCUUCAAUUGCUCUCGUAUCCGGAGCUCCAAAUGGAUUACUCGGAGGUCUUGGAUUGGGAGAUACAAUUAAAGGAGGAGAAGGUGGACUCGGAGGAAUCAUCGGAGGAGAAGGUGGUAUUGGAGGAAUACUCGGAGGAAUUACUGGUGGAGAGAAUGGAGGAAUCGGAGGAAUUGUGAAUGGUCUUCUCGGAGGAAAUCAAGAUGUUCUUGAUAAUCUUUUGAGUGUUCUCGGAGGAUCUCCAGGUGGAUUGGGACUGCCACUCACUGGAAAUCUCACGGAACUUCCCACAUUCUUGACCAAGUUCUUGGAAGAUCUCCCAACACCACUUCUUGAGAAAAUCACUGGAAUUCUCUCAGAUGAUACUCUGAACAUCAAUGAAAUCACAAGUCAACUCACUGAUUUGCUCUCUGGCCAAAACCAAGAUGUUCUUGCCACUCUCCUCUCUACAGUAACCAAUUUUGUCAGUGAACUUCUUUCGGGAGUCAGUGAAGUUGUUGCUAAUUUUGGAAGUGUCUUCGAUCAACUCACUCAAAUUCUCAACAACCAAGAUCAGACUCUUCUCCAACAGAAUGAAGCUAUUGAGAACUUGAGAAAACAAUUCCCAAUUGAACUCGAAGCCAUUUUCAUAAUUGCUUCCCGAGUUGCCGAUACACUCCAAGGAGGAAAUGGACCAGUUGUCCCAGAACUUCCAGUCCCACUCCCAGAAACUCCACAAGUUCCUGUCUAA